CGAAAACGUAGUGACAUUGAAAUAUCUGAACGACAAUACAAAAGAAUUCACAUCGCAGUUCCUAUUCGAUCUCAGGAUGAUAAUGAAGAUUUUGCGCAAGAAUCAGAAGAAUCAUUUGUAAGUGACAAUGAAACUUGUUCACCAACCACUGAUAAUUCGCCAAGUGAAGUGGCUGAAGUAACUGAAACGACCAAAGUAACUGAAGUAACCGAAACGACCGAAGUGACUGAAGGAGAUACAGCCGAUGAGGCUGAAACUUCCGAUGAAAAAGAGAAUUGGUCAAAUGUAAUUGAGAACUGGAUUGGAAUGUUAGAUAAUGAAAAUCGGUUAGAGAAUGGUGAAAUUGUAGAUGAUGAACUACCUGAAUUUGAAUUUGGCGGGCGCACUACUCACCCAGCAGAUGAUUCAUCGGCAAAAUGGAAUUUGUUGGGGUUAUUCAAUGAUUCAUUAGAUUCGCCUAUUUCUUUUGUUCUUCAAUAA